GACCUGUUUCCACAUGAUUAAAACGUUGAAACGUGAACGCAGUCAGCAUCCAAACACUUUUCGGCAACUUGCACGCCUGGGUUUGCAGUGCACGGGUCUCAGCUCCUGUUGGAACAGAAGUAGACCCCUUGUGGCUGCGCAGGGGAACGGAUGCAGAGGCUUAACGAGCCCGUCCGCCGCACGGUGUGAGCGCACCGAGUGGGAGGCGACAACCUGCCCCGACUGCCCCACCGAGACUCCAUCACAGUCCUUAGCUGUUUGUUGUGGUCGGGAGAAGACAUCAAGGAGACGCAAGGGGGGAAAAAAAUGGAAAAUGAAAGCCUGAGGAAGAUGAAGGAGAAAUUUGGCCUGAGGCAGGACAUCUUGAAGGAGUUCCUCGCUGAAUUUCUGGGGAUAUUUGUCCUGAUACUCUUUGGAUGCGGUUCAGUGGCCCAGACAGUGCUGAGUAAAGGGGCUCUCGGGGAGCCUCUGACCAUCCACAUUGGUUUCACUCUGGGAGUCAUGAUGGCUGUCUACAUGGCGGGGGGAGUGUCAGGAGCCCAUGUGAACCCGGCAGUCUCUCUGGCCAUGGUGAUUCUGGGCAAGCUGCCUCUGAAGAAGUUCCCCGUGUAUGUGGUGGCACAGUUCCUGGGGGCUUUUGCUGGGUCCUGUGCAGUCUAUGUGUUGUACUAUGAUGCUUUGAUGAACUACACCAAAGGAGAGCUGGCUGUUACUGGUGAAAAUGCCACAGCCAACAUAUUUGCCUCUUACCCUGCAGAACACCUCUCAGUACUGAACGGGUUUGUUGAUCAGGUAAUUGCAACCGGGGCCCUGAUUUUGUGCAUCCUGGCCAUCACUGACAGGAAGAAUAUCGGCGCCCCAAAAGGCAUGGAGCCCCUGUGCAUCGGCCUGAUCAUCAUGGCCAUCGGAGUGUCCAUGGGCCUGAACUGUGGCUAUCCCAUAAACCCGGCGCGAGACCUCGGACCCCGGAUCUUUACCGCUGUGGCUGGGUGGGGCAUGGAGGUGUUCAGGGCUGGAGACUGCUGGUGGUGGAUUCCUGUGGCAGGACCCAUGGUGGGCGGAGCGGUUGGAGCCGGAAUUUACUUUCUCCUCAUUGACUUGCACCAGCCUGAGCCUGACCGACGAGCACAGACGAAUGUCCAGGACAAAUACGAAAUCAUUACUAUGAGAGUGAAAGACACAGGGGAGAACGGCAUCCUGAAGCUGAAAGAGCCAUAUGUCAGCAGUUCAGUGUUCAGGCUGUUUUUGGGAGGUGAGGACACCUGCACGCUGGACACUCUGCAGCUGCACACUCUCACCUCCUGUGGUUUCAACAGCAGUAAUCCCCUCAUCAUCAUCACUCACGGGUGGUCGGUGGAUGGCAUGAUGGAAAACUGGGUGAUCAGACUGGCCUCAACUCUCAAGCUGAAUCUUGUUGAUGUAAAUGUGGUGAUUACGGACUGGCUGUCCCUGGCUCAGCAGCACUACCCCACAGCUGUACAGAGCACCCGCACUGUCGGGAAAGACAUAGCUUACCUGCUGGGAUCACUUAAGGAAAAGUACCAGUAUUCCGCUAGGAAAGCUCAUCUGAUUGGCUACAGCCUUGGCGCGCACAUCUCUGGAUUUGCUGGGAGCUAUCUGGAAGGCUCUGAGAAGAUUGGAAGAAUCACUGAAUUUGUGGACGCCAUCCACACCUUCACCCAUGAGCGCCUGGGCCUCAGUGUGGGCAUCAAGCAGGCCGUGGCACAUUAUGACUUCUACCCCAACGGAGGAGACUUCCAGCCAGGAUGUGACUUGCAAAACAUCUAUGAACACAUAACCGAGUAUGGGCUCCUCGGCUUUGAACAAACAGUGAAAUGUGCUCACGAGCGGUCCGUCCAUCUGUUCAUCGACUCUCUGCUGAAUAAGGACAAGCAGAGCAUGGCCUACAGGUGUAGCGACAACAACGCCUUUGUGAAAGGCAUCUGCCUGGAUUGCCGGAAGAAUCGCUGCAAUACGCUGGGCUACAACAUCAAGAAGGUCCGCACAGGCAGAAGCAAGAGGCUCUACCUGAAAACACGCUCAAGGAUGCCUUUCAAACUCUAUCAUUACCAGUUCAGGAUCCAGUUUGUCAAUCAGAUGGAGAAGAUUGAGCCUUCUCUUACCAUCUCCCUCACUGGAACAAAGGAGGAGAGCGGAGAGCUUGCCAUCACAAUAAAUGAAAAUAUUUCAGGUAACACAACCGUCACCUUCCUGAUCACACUGGACAAAGACUUAGGGGACCUGAUGUUGCUCAAAGUACACUGGGAGGGACCGGCUCUGUGGACCAACGUUUGGAAUCGGAUGCAGACCAUCAUUCCGUGGGGCAGUCAGUUGAGAAAACCUCAGCUGAGUUUGGGAAGCAUCAGUGUCAAAGCAGGGGAGACGCAGGAGAGGACGCUGUUCUGUUCCAUGAAAAAUGACGGACAAAAUAUCGAAGUGUCUCAGGAUAAAGUGUUUGUGCGCUGCAAAGACGACACACCAAAACAACGCAAAAGGAAGCACAGCUAAUGGAACUUUUUUUAGGCUACUUGAUCAUUUUUAACAGACCUGGAAGACCACAACUAAUUGGAAAUUAUUCAAUCGGAUGAGAUCAGCUAAAGCAGAGCUGCAUAACUCAGUUUAACAAUAAAGCUUUGAAACAGUGACCAUCGGAAAUAAAGUUAAUAUCAAACAGA